GUGUGGCGCCGAACUACGAUAGGAUAAUAACAAAAUAAUAUCGUCAUACACAUAAUUAUUAAUAAUGUAUUCUUUUAUUUAUUAAAUAGUUUCGAGUGCUGUGUGACAAAAACGCGUUUUUCGUCACAGACAUUAUCUCGUGUACACAAUAUAUUAUAAUUUUUUACAGUUAUCGGUUUGGUUUUAGCUUUUAGUCAUUUUAUACCGUCCCGGCGUAUUCUAUGAGAACGGCGUGCCAUUUCGUCCUGUAGGCAUUAUCGGUGCUCACCUUCGAACUCUACUAACUACACGUCAUCGUAUAAUAAUAAACUCGGCCGGCCACAUCUAGCUCAAGUCCACCGCGAUGGCCGUGCUGGUCGGAGGCCGAGACAACGUGGUGUCCAUAUCGGCAGCCGAGUCGAUAAAAAUGUUGGCUUUGUCCGUAGUCUGGGGCUCGUGGAUCAUCGUCAAGAAUGCGGCCGUUCGGGCUGUCACCCCGCUCUGGUCGAACGGCGGUGGUCGAGGGGAUGACGUCGACGGCGACGACAGAGAGUCCGGUGCCGGGGUCGCUGACGAUGACACAGUCGCCACUGCUACCACCGUCGCCACUGUCGGUGGUAAUAAGGCCGGCCGCCGGGCGCCCAGAGACCGUCCGCCACCGUGUUUGUCCACUACGGUUUACGGUACCCACUCGUACGUCAAAGUCAAGGGUGUUAAAUUUCAUUACGUUGAAUGUGGUGACCCCAAAGGCAUGAUUGUUAUUUUGCUACACGGAUUUCCAUCAUGUUGGAUUAGUUGGCAUCAUCAAAUUCCCACCUUGUCAAAACAUUUUCGUGUAAUUGCUGUAGACCUUAAAGGUUUUGGUGACUCUGAUAAACCAUCAGCACGCAAAAGUUAUCGAGUUGAAAAUCUGGUCAACGAGCUAGCCGUGUUUUUGUCAAUGCUAGGAGUGGACGACCAAAAUAAAUGUCACGUGAUCGGCCACGACUUGGGUGCUCUAUUGGGCUGGUAUCUGGUACAUCUGUGGCCCAACUGUGUGUCAAAAUUUGUAGCUAUUUCAUGUCCACAUCCAAAUGUCCACUGGGAGUACUUACCUCCGUCAAGUUUUUUUAACAAAAAUUGGAUUUGCUUCAGUCAACUUCCUUAUUUACCAGAAAUGGACGCUUUGCAAAGUGAUUUAAAAAUAAUCAACCAGUGUUAUCAACACCUAUCCAAGAAUAAGGAAAACGAUGACUUAUCUUACAUCGACGCAUAUAAAUAUACAUUUUCAAGAACAGAGGAUUGGACGGGUGCUAUAAAUUAUUUUAGAAACUUACCAUUCUACAGAAUUGAGCCACGGAGUAAUAAUGAUUCUUUAAAUAAAGAAGAAGACAUGCUCCAAGUUCCGUGUUUACUCAUCACUGGUAGUAAAGAUGUAAGUGUGCAAAUGGAGAGUUUUAUCAAAUCCACAGAGUUUCUAAAAACAUCUACUGUAAGAAUAAUUGAUAAUGCAUCGCAUUUUCCCCAUCAAGAGCAACCUAAAGUUGUCAAUGAUCUAUUGACAUCUUAUUUAGUUCGUGUAAAAGUAGUUCAAAAAGAGCUUCAACCACGACAGAACUCUGGUGGUAUAGUUGGAAGAAUGAAAGAUAUCGUUUCGUCUACUGUUCAGUAUGGAAAUACGUUGAAAGAUUCAGUACAGAAGAGAAACAUUUUACCAAUUACGGCCAUGACGUCAUCGUGUCAGAACUAAUUUUUUUUACAUUGAAAACAAUGUUCUUUUUUAUGUAAAUGUAUUUAUUGUAUCAACAUAAUAAUAACAAUAAGAGUAAUGUAACUAUCUAUAAUAUUAAUCAUUGUGGUUACCUACCUAUUGUCCUAUUGUUUACUAAUAAAAUUAUUUUAAGAACUAUUUUAAAUAGUAGGCACAGUGUUACAUUGCACUACACUGUACACAAUUAUUAUGCAUUUAUCUAUAUAAUAAUAUGAUGGGUGAUAAAAUCGUUUACAUCACGUGUAUAUCUAGGAACUUAAUUAGUCUUAUCUACAGUGUUAUUAUUGUAAAUUAUAAAUUAUUAAUAAGCUAAAUUUAAGUUUAUAUAAAUUAUAAUAUAAUCGUAUGUAUAACCUGACUAAACUUCAAAAGUUAAUAAUAGGUAUUUUAUCUGCAAGUUAGGUAUUGAAUGAACAAAUGCUUUUAAAGUUGAUUUUGUUAUGAAACCUGUAAGCUACUUUAUUACUUAAUAUACCUAUACUUAUAAAUA